AUGGAAGCAUCGAAUUCCCAAAUCCCGAGCUCCUUCAGGUUCCUAGACCUCCCACCCGAGAUCAGAAAUGAAAUAUAUGCCUACGUCCUCACAAACAUCUCAAUCCCAUCCUGCGGAAACCGAUUUCGUGGGCCAGGUAUGCAACACUGGCGAUACCCCGAGCAAGAUGCAGAUACUCCACGACCGAUAUCACUAAACCCCAGCUUUGCAAAUAGACCCAGAACCGACGAAGACAGUACUAAUCCACGAUUAUUCGAACUCCUCAGUCGGUGUAUGAUUUAUGUAGGGGAUGUAUCGGGAAUCCCACAGACAAAGUUAGCGCUUUUGAGGGUGAAUAGACAGAUUCACGAUGAAGCUGCUAGAGUGUUUUAUGGUGGGAAUGUGUUUAAGAUUGAAGUUUCGGUUGCGGUGAGAAUGCGUAUGAGGCCUGUUGGGUCUAUGCAUCUCACAUACCCACGUGUUUAUGAUAUGAGUUACACGGCGCCUUGGGAGCGGUUUGGGUAUCAACUUGUAGUAGAUCCCGAAGAGAGUACAAGCAAGGGCCAGUUUAUACCCCUCCACAAUUCGGUUUACGACGGAGGAGACACACGGCUCUCCCCUGAAUACCUCCAAACCUUCCAAAAUAAUGCAAAUUUACUCCUCUAUCCAUCAUCAAUCUACAGUCCUCUGAUCCGAAAAAUAAAUAUAGUGUUCAAAAUAAAUCAAGGAUCGCUAAGGGAAAAUAACGAUUCAAAUACACCGUUGAUACAGACGCUCUUACUACCUUUCCUAUGGCGGCUCAGGCAGCAAUUAACCGAAAAUGCAACCGUCGAAAUCAAGAUAGAUCUGGCAUCAUACCUUUUAGUUCUACAUUUAUCGAGACCUGACCAGGUCUUCGAUGACAUGCUAGGACUCAAAACAAGUAUUGAGGAUUCUUUGGAAGCAGGAUACAUAUUCUCGCUCGGUCCAUGGAAGAGUACUUUUAACGACAUCCCACAGAUCUUGGAGAAGACCUGGCAGGAGGUCCUUGGAAAGUGCAAAAAGCGACCUGAGUUUCGAGAUGAUAUUCUACAAAAGACGAUGCAAGAACUUGAUGUUGGAUUACGAGAGGGGUCAUUUUGGGGGAAGAGAGAAGGUGUGCUAGCGGUUUUUCUCCCGAUGCCGGGUGCACCAUCUGCGCCUUUGAUACCACCGACACUUGUACUUUCCAGUGAUCAGUAG